AUGGAUUCCAGUAUCAUGAAAAUCUUCCAGAAGGAGCUCACCUGCUCCAUCUGCAUGAAUUACUUCAUAGACCCCAUCACCAUAGACUGUGGGCACAGCUUUUGCAGGCCCUGUGUCUACCUCAGCUGGCAGGACACCUCAGUUCUUGCUCACUGCUCUGUAUGCAAGGGAACAACACAGCAGAGAGACUUUAAAACAAAUAUCUGUAUCAAGAAACUGAGUUUCCUUGUCAGGAAAGCCAGCCUGCAGCAAUUCCUGAGUUCCGAGCACUAUAGGUGUGGGCUGCACAAGGAGACAAAGCAGAUCUUCUGCGAAGACGACGGGAGCCUGCUCUGUGUGCGCUGCUCUAGCGCGCAGGAGCACGAGGCUCACAGGCACCGCCCCAUAGAAGAGGCUGCUGAGGAACACCGGGAAAAGCUCUUGAAGAAAAUGCACUCUUUGUGGAAUAAAUCUUGUGAAAAUGACAGAAACCUGAAUGUGGAAACUAUCACAACCAGAUCUUGGGAGAAUUAUGUGAAUUUAAAGAGAGAAGAAAUCAGUGCUGAGUAUGGGAAGAUGCCUCCCUUUCUCCACGAUGAGGAGCAACAUCAUUUAGAGAGAUUGCAAAGGGAAGGAAAGGAGAUUUUUCAGAAACUCAAGGAAAGUAAAGCCAAGAUGGCUCACAAGAGGGAACUCUUAAGAGGAGUGUAUAAAGAGCUGAAGGAAAUGUGCCAUAAACCAGAUAUAGAGCUGCUCCUGGGUUUUGGAGACAUAUUGGAUAGGAGUGAGGCCAUGAGGGAGCACAUGCCCCAGGCUGUGAAUCCCGAGCUUAGUGGAGGGCCCAUCUCUGGACUGGUUGAAAAGCUCAGCUGCUUCAGAGUGAAUAUUACUUUGGAGUAUGAAAGAGCUAAUAGUCAUGUCUUCCUAAAUGGAGAUUUCAGAAGCCUGAGUGUUGGAUGUGAUUCCCGAAAUGAACCACAUACUGCUCCACGAUCUGAGUGUUUUCUUGCAUGGGGUGCUCAGGCUCUUACCCCUGGGAAAUAUUACUGGGAGAUACAAGUGGAAGACUCUUGGAAUUGGGCUUUUGGAGUCUGUAAUGAUUAUUGGAAAGAGAAUAUGAAUGUCCAGUUAGAUGAGAAAGGACUUUUUCUUCUUGGCUGUGCUAAAAACAGCAUCCACUAUAACAUCUUCACCAGCUCCCCACUUGUAUUGCAGUAUGUGCCAAAGCCUAUUGGUUCAGUAGGAGUAUUCCUGGAUUAUGAAGGUGGAACUGUGAGUUUUGUAGAUGUAGCUCAAAGUUCCCUUAUAUGUAGCAUCUCUUCUUGCUCCUUCUCUCCUGGUCUCAGGCCUGUCUUUUGCUGUAGUCACGUCUGA